CUCUCCACUCUCAUCCUCAGCAAUGGCUUCACGACUUGCAAGGAGCGCGGUUGCCACCGCCCGUCUCCGCCCUUCCCUCCCCAUUCGCGCCAUCCCGACCAUCACUACGCAGCUCACCUCCGCCCGCUAUGCGUCCAACGUGCCCGUAGAGGACCCAAAGAAGAAGGCACAGUCCAUCUUGGACUCGCUCCCGGGCAACAGCCUGAUUUCCAAAGCCGCCAUCCUUUCUGCCGGUGCCGGUGUCUCGAUUGCUGCCAUCAGCAACGAGAUCUACGUCGUCAAUGAGGAGUCCAUCGCCAUGCUGAGCUUGUUGACCAUUUUCUGGGCUGUUGGCCAUUACGGAGGGCCCAUGUACAAGGAGUGGGCCGAGGGCCAAACCGCCAAGAUCAAGGGCAUCUUGAACGCCGCCCGGGAGGACCAUACUUCGGCUGUCAAGGCGCGAAUUGAGAGCGUCCAGGACCUCGGUGGUGUCAUUGACAUCACCAAGACUCUGUUCGAGGUUUCCAAGGAAACCGCUCAACUCGAGGCUAAGGCAUACGAGCUGGAGCAGAAGACCGCUCUUGCUGCCGAGGCCAAGACUGUCUUAGAUUCCUGGGUGAGGUAUGAGGGACAAGUCAAGCAGAGGCAGCAAAAGGAGCUUGCCGAGGCUAUCAUUGCCAAGAUCGAGAAGGAGCUUGAGAACCCCAAUACUCUCAAGCAGAUCCUUAACCAGAGCGUUGCCGAUAUUGAGAGGAUCGUGGCUACCAAGGCAUAAGCGCCGUCAAGACAUCUCCUUUCUCAAGUCAGCUCACUGUUAAAUAAACCUGUGCCAUAGCUAUCCCGUUUCAAUAGAUUCUCGCCACAAUUUUGAAAGUCACG